AUGUUUCAAUUUAUCUUAAUCAUUGCUCUUUUUCCUUAUUCACAUCCUGAAUCAUGUAUUUGUUCCGCUGAUAAAACUUCUUCUUGUUUAUAUACGAUAGUGAAUAAUGUUGUUCAAAUCCAAGGUUGUAAUUGUCCGAGUGGCUAUACAGCAUAUCUCGAGACAGCAACAACCGGUACAGACGAUCCGGAAGUUCGAUGUUUGGAUGAUAGCCUAACAACAACAGUCGUGUCCGAAAAAGAUAUGGAAAGAUUGGUUCAAGCUCAAUUAUUGCGAUGUCAUAUAUCAUCAAUGAAUGAGACAUGGGAAAACGUAACAAAAUAUUUGCUUGUGACAGCUGCAGCCUGGAUUGUAUUCUGGUGUUUGGCUUCCAUUGUGACGAACAUUCGACAUAAAAAUUACGGUCAUCAUCGAUAUAUUCAUCUGUUUGAAGAAGUUAUAAUCGUGCUACUGGUAGCUGUCAUAGGAGGAGUGAAUCGAUUUUUUCCAUUGAAAGAGACGAUAUGCAGAAUUAUUUCAAUAGCAAGUCAUUACUUGAUGGUAUCCGCAGCAACAGCCUUUCUAAUGGAAGCUAACUUUGCUCAUUCAAUGGUCCAUGGAAAAGCUAACAAGAAUGGAGUACCACCCGUUAUAUUGAAUUACAUUGUUCCAUUAGUUUUGCCAGCUUUACCAGCCGGUUUAACAUAUUAUUUUGAAAAAGAAUAUUAUGGAGCAUCACUUGUUCACUGUUUCGCAUCACUGACCCGUGAUAUGAUGUGGGGCUUUGUCAUACCAUCUUGGGUGUUAUUAUCAGCUGCUGUUGUGAAAGCUCAGCUCUCAUGUCUAUCUUGUGAUCUAACACAAAUGAAUCAAGACAAAUUGCAGUGUUUUUGGGCCAAACGGGCAGCAAAAGUAUUAGUGAUAGUGUCUGGCGGUUUGUACUCUCUCUGGCUAUUAACAAUGCAUGCAGUGGAGCAGUAUAAAAUCUAUCUGUUUAUACUGGAUUUUGUUCUUUGUCUGUUGUAUGGGCCGAUAUUGUUUGUCUGUCAUACUUAUUGUCAUGAGAAUACUUGCACUAAGUGGGGUGGAAAAGCAACAUGUUUAGGAUCCUUGUAUUAUAAGUGCAUUGAUCAAAAGUCACCAGUAAUAUAUGAAGAGAAAAUAGUUUAUGUUCCCAAUAAUCAAAAUGAUAAGGACAUCAGGAAGCCAUAUGAGAUACCAAAGCCAGCUGAUACUGUCUAUAUGAAUCCAGCAACAGCAAAGCCUACGGAAUUAGGUGGUGAUCAUGUUCCAGCUCAACGAUUCUAUUCCUGGUUGACAGAGCCAUCUUCUAAUUCCAAUAUUCUAUUUAAUCGUAACAAAUGA